CGAGAUGCAAGUGGCAGUGCGAUUCGACACCUACUGGGACCGAUUACUGAUGUCAUCAACAUCAUGAUUGGGUCACCUGACGACUGGACAGUUUUAUCGCUGUGACGGUGACGACUUGUAACUCUCUCUCUUCAAGCAACAUGGGAAAAGUCCACGGAUCCCUCGCCCGUGCUGGAAAGGUCAAGCAGCAAACACCAAAGGUCGAGAAGCAGGAGAAGAAAAAGACGCCCAAAGGCCGUGCAAAGAAGCGGAUCCUGUAUAACCGCCGCUUCGUUAACGUCACCACUCUCCCUGGCGGCAAGCGCAGAAUGAACCCCAACCCGGAGAAGUAAACGCUUUACCCCUCCCGAGGUCGAUGUGGAAGGGAUGGCUGUUGUGCUUGGGCUCUUUCUUUAUCUCGCUUUGCUUACUCACUAUAUGUGCUUCUAUUAUGCAUGCCCAAACAUCGACCUAUGCAUCACCACUUGUCUUGUCGCAUUCUGUACUACUAUACAUAUCGCAGGAGAGCAUGC